UGGUGGAAAGUUGACGUUGUUUUCACUAAGUAUAUAGAGACACACUUUUUCCAUUUUCUAUCUUUAUUUCUCUAAAUAUUCUCCAAUUGAUAUAGUCAUAUAGAAGGCAGAAGCAAAUUAAAAAAGCAAUUCCACAAACUAAAAGAGUGGCAAAUAAUUGGUGCAAUUUGGUAUAAACAAACCACUUUGGUUUCGUUAGAGAAUUGAAUUCACACAAGAGAAAGAGAGAGAAAAAAACUUCAAAAAAAAAAGGGUGAAGUUUUUACUCAUUCCCUCUUCUCCUCUUCCAUGGAAACACGAUCAAAGGAAGCUCGGAUUUGAGAUGGGUUUAGUUUAAUUUCGAUUCUUAAAGUUUGUUUCUUUUUAGCUGAUGUAUAGGGUUUAGAGUUAGAGGUGUGUGGUCGUAUUAGGGUUUUCUUUCUUGGGUUAUGUGGAUGGCUACACGAUCAUCUACCUCUGGGUUCAGUCACGAGUCUAUAAAUUUCCACUCUUUGAGAAGUUCAUCUGAGAUGAUUCCGAUGGGUCCAUACUUGGGUCGAAGUGGUUCCUUGUUGGGGAUGCAUAUGAUCAGUAAUGUUAGUAACUCUGGUUUAGUUCAAACCGGGAACUCUUUUGAUUCGGUUUCUGGGCUCAAGCUAGAUACUUCUUUGGCUAGUGAAUGGUCAACCGAAGAGCAACUCAAGUUGGAGGUUGGCCUUGAGAAAUAUAAGGAUAAACCAAGUAUCAUGAAAUAUAUUAAAAUUGCGGCCACUUUACCUGACAAAACCGUUCGAGAUGUUGCCCUGCGGUGUAGAUGGACGACGAGGAAGAGAAGAAAAGCAGAAGAAUUCAACUAUGGAAAAAGAAUAAGUUCUAGCAAGGCGGGAUUGUCUUCAAGCAUGCCUUCUGUUAGCAUGGCUUCAUACCCUUUCUUGAUGCCCUUUACAAGCUCCAGUAAUAAACAUAUUACAUCUGAAGAUUUAAGUGGCCAUGCAAUCAGUCUCUUAGAACAGAAUGUAAGAGCUUUUAGUCAAAUUAGAGCUAAUAUAUCCUCAUAUAAGGUACAUGAUAACAUAGAUCUGUUUUGUCAGACAAGGAACAACCUUAUCACCAUCCAAAAUGACAUGAAUAAUAUGCCAAGCUUGAUGAGCCAGAUGCCACCAUUGCCUGUUGCAAUCAAUUAUGAUCUCUCAGCUACCAUGUUGAGUAAUUCAACUUUGACGAUGUCAUUGAACACAAUGCAAAAUGGUGGUUUCCAUAUGAAGCAAGAGUCUUCAGUCGAAGAAAAAGAAUGAGUCACAUCACAUAUUUUUUCAUUACACGUUGGGAAGUUUAUUGCCAGGCCGGAUGUUGCAAGUUUGCAACAAUGCCGUAAUAUUAAGAAGUAUUGGUCCUGGCUCCAAACCCUCUUGAUGUCUUAUAUUAGAUUGAUCAACUUAGUUUUUUUUUCUUUCUUCGUUGUGUUUUUUUUUAGGAUUCUAAGCGAUGUGUAUAAAAAUGGGAGAUGCAAGAGUGUGUUUGAGAUUUGUAAUGUGUAAUCUUUUGUUUGAUCAUUUGGUGUGUUAUUUUUUUUUUUUUGAAAAUGAUUUUGGUGUGUUGUUAUUCUGAUAUC